CUGAAGCCGUCGCCGUGCCCUCACUGCUCUCUGUCUACUUUAUUCUCAGUGAGGAGUGUGAGUGCGGCUCCACUGAGGAGCGCUGCAAUGAUAAAAGCCGCAUAUGCGGUAGGCUACACACCUAUCAGGCAGCAAAAUACCCAAGAAACAGCCUCACCCCGGUUCUCCUCGCACCACAGCCUUAUCCACGACACAGAGCGGAACCCGAAGUGCCAGUAGAACCAUGACCAGGCCAACGGGGGGCGGUGCCAACGAUGUCACCCGCUUCCUGUCCUCGGGGGCGGGGCCAGGGUCUCCUACCUCCAACGCCGUGUUCACCGCCGCCAGCCAAGCUGAUUGGGCAGCCAAACGACUGGUGUGGGUGCCGUCAGAGAAGCAUGGCUUUGAGUCGGCCAGUAUUCGAGAGGAGCGCGGUGAUGAGGUGGAGGUUGAGCUGACAGAUAGCCAGCGGAAGAUCACACUGUCCAGGGAGGAGGUGCAACGGAUGAACCCCCCACGCUUUAGUAAAGUGGAGGACAUGGCCGACCUCACCUGCCUCAACGAAGCCUCGGUGCUGCACAACCUGAGGGAGAGAUACUACUCUGGCUUGAUCUAUACAUACUCAGGGCUGUUCUGUGUGGUGGUGAACCCUUACAAGAACCUGCCCAUCUACACGAGUCCAUCGAUGGAGAUGUACCAGGGGGCAUAAAUACGCAUUGGAAAUGUCCCGCCUCACAUCUACGCCAUAUCAGAGGCCGCCUAUCGCAGCAUGCUACAAGACAGAGAAGAUCAGGCAAUCCUCUGCACUGGUGAGUCUGGAGCUGGGAAAACAGAGAACACCAAGAAAGUCAUCCAAUAUUUGGCUCACGUUGCGUCCUCCCAUAAGGGUGGCACUCUGGGUAGGAACAAGGAAGCUGCACAGAUGGAUGGCUCAAGGUCCUUAACAAGAGGCAGUACUUUGGGGAACAGGAGUAUGCAAUAUGGCGAGCUGGAGAGACAGCUGCUGCAGGCCAACCCCAUACUGGAGGCCUUUGGCAACGCAAAGACUGUCAAGAACGACAACUCCUCUAGAUUUGGUAAAUUCAUCCGCAUCAAUUUUGACGUGGCGGGGUACAUUGUUGGUGCCAACAUUGAGACCUACCUCCUUGAAAAGUCCCGGGCCACCCGUCAGGCCAAAGAUGAGAGGACGUUCCACAUCUUUUAUCAGUUGUUGUGUGGAACUUCAGAGGAGACUAAAGCGGACUUGCUCUUAGGAACUGCUGAUGAGUACCGCUUUCUGAGUGGAGGCUCCAUCCCUGUUCCUGGUCAGAGCGAUUCAGAAAACUUCACCCAGACCAUGGACUCUAUGGCUAUAAUGGGCUUCACCCCAGAGGAGUCGAUAUCCAUGCUUAAGGUGAUCUCUGCUGUGCUCCAGUUUGGGAACAUUUCCUUCAUGAAGGAGAAGAAUCAGGACCAGGCCUCAAUGCCUGAUAACACAGCUGCUCAGAAACUGUGCCAUCUGCUGGGGAUCAACGUGCUGGAGUUUACUCGGGCCAUCCUCACUCCCAGGAUCAAAGUGGGUCGAGAGUAUGUGCAGAAGGCCCAGACAAAAGAACAGGCUGACUUUGCUGUAGAGGCCUUGGCGAAGGCCACAUAUGAGCGCCUGUUCAGAUGGCUGGUCCACAGGAUCAACAGAGCUCUGGACCGCAGACAGAGACAGGGAGCUUCCUUCAUAGGCAUCCUUGAUAUUGCUGGAUUUGAGAUCUUCCAGCUGAACUCCUUUGAGCAGCUGUGUAUCAACUACACCAACGAGAAGCUGCAGCAGCUCUUCAACCACACCAUGUUCAUCUUGGAGCAGGAGGAGUACCAGCGGGAAGGCAUCGAGUGGAACUUUAUUGACUUCGGCCUGGACUUACAGCCCUGCAUUGACCUCAUCGAGAAACCAACCCACCCGCCUGGUGUUCUGGCCCUGCUGGAUGAAGAGUGCUGGUUCCCCCGGGCAACAGACCGCUCAUUUGUGGAGAAGGUAUCUGCUGAGCAAGGCACCCAUCCAAAAUUCUUCCGAUCAAAGCAGCCACGCGGGGAAGCUGACUUCUCCAUCAUUCACUAUGCUGGCAAGGUGGACUAUAAGGCAGAUGAUUGGCUGGUGAAGAACAUGGACCCUCUUAACGACAACGUGGCGUCUCUUGUCCACCAGUCGUCUGAUCAUUUUGUCUCAGAGCUUUGGAAGGAAGAUAUUCAAACUCUUCCUCGUGUGUACUUCUUUGACUCCUAUGCCACACUACAGGCUAAUGGCUCCGACAUGGACAGGAUCGUGGGUCUGGACCAGGUGUCGUCGGGGGAGAACAGCGGGCCGGUCACGUUCGGAGCGGCAGGACUGAAGACGAAGAAGGGAAUGUUCAGGACUGUCGGUCAACUUUACAAGGAGUCUCUCACCAAGCUGAUGGCCACACUGAGGAACACUAACCCCAACUUCCUUCGCUGCAUCAUCCCUAACCACGAGAAGAGAGCCGGUAAGCUGUCCCCCAACCUGGUUUUGGACCAAUUGAGGUGUAAUGGAGUUCUGGAGGGGAUCCGUAUCUGCAGAAGAGAGGAGAGGAACACACUUACAAAAUCCCAUUUGUCUUCCAGAUAUGAGAUCCUGACUCCUAAUGCUAUCCCUCGCACUUUCAUGGAUGGCAAACAGGCAUCAGAACUCAUGAUCAGAGCUUUGGAACUGGAUCACAACCUUUUCAGGGUGGGUCAGAGUAAAGUCUUCUUUAGAGCUGGAGUCCUGGCUCACCUGGAAGAAGAAAGAGACCUAAAGAUCACAGACACCAUCAUACGCUUCCAGAGCGCCUCCAGAGGCUACCUCGCACGCAAAGCCUUUAUGAAGAAGCAGCAGCAGCUGAGCGCUCUGAGGGUGAUGCAGAGGAACUGUGCUGCUUACCUCAAACUCAGGAACUGGCAGUGGUGGCGGCUGUUCACCAAGGUGAAGCCCCUGCUGCAGGUGACCCGGCAAGACGAGGAGAUCCAAGUUAGGGAAACCCAGCUUCUGAAGGCCAAGGAGAAUCUCACAAGAGUGGAGCAGGAUUACGUGGAGCUGGACAGGAAACAUGCUCAGUUGUUGGAGGAGAAGUCAGUCCUGGCUGACCAGCUGCAGGCGGAGGCGGAGCUGUUUGCGGAGGCAGAGGAGAUGAGGGCCAGGUUGGCCAGCCGGAAACAGGAGCUGGAGGAAGUGCUGGGCGAGCUGGAGAGUCGACUGGAAGAAGAGGAGGAGAGAGGUACGCAGCUGACCAAUGAGAAGAAGAGGAUGCAGCAGAAUAUACAGGACCUGGAGGAGCAGUUAGAGGAGGAGGAAAGCGCCCGACAGCGCCUCCUGCUGGAGAAGGUUACCUUGGAGACCAAAGUGAAAAGCCUGGAAACUGACCUGCUGAACGCAGUGGAGCAGAGAGACCGACUCAGCAAGGAGAAGAAACAGUUGGAGGAGCGUCUGAGUGAGGUGACCGAUCAGCUCACUGAGGAAGAGGAGAAGACCAAAAGUCUGAACAAACUCAAGAACAAACAGGAAGCUGUCAUCGCUGACCUAGAGGAACGCCUGAAGCGUGAGGAGCAGGGUCGCCUGGAGCAGGAGAAGUGGAGGAGGAGGAUGGAGAACGAGUCGGUGGAGGCCCAGGAGCAGCUCUCAGACCUGGGCAUGCUGGCCGCUGAGCUGAGGGGCAGUCUGGCUCAGAAGGAGAAAGAAAUCACCACCCUGCAGGGCCGGUUGGAGGAAGAAGGAGCACGUCGUUCAGAGGCUCAGAGGGCGCUGAGGGAGGCCAUGUCCCAGGUGUCUGAGCUGAAGGAAGAAGUGGAGAAUGAACGAGGGAUGAGGGAAAGGGCGGAGAAACAGAGGCGAGACCUGGGCGAGGAGCUGGAGGCUUUAAGAACUGAGCUGGAGGACACUCUGGACACCACAGCUGCCCAGCAGGAGCUAAGGUCUCGUCGGGAGGCGGAGUUAAAUGACCUCCAGCGGUGUGUUGAAGAGGAGACUCGCCGCCAUGAGGCACAGCUAUCAGAGCUCAGAGUCAAACACAGUGCUGCCAUAGACAACCUCCAGGAACAGCUAGACAACAGCAAGAGAGCACGUCAGUCCCUGGAGAAGGCCAAGGCCGUGUUGGAGGAAGAGAGGCAGAAUUUGACCUCAGAGCUCAAGAGCCUCCAAGCGGGCCGCACGGAGAGCGAGAGAGGCCGCAAGAGGGCCGAGGGUCAGCUGCAGGAGCUCAGCGCCCGACUGGCUCAGGCUGACAGAGAGAGGGAGGAGAGGGAAGAGCGAGUCCACAAGUUGCAGUGUGAGAUUGAGGCUAUCUCCAGCAAUUUGUCCUCCUCUGACACCAAAUCCCUCCGGCUCUCGAAAGAGGUCAGCAGCCUGGAGAGUCAGCUUAAUGAUGCAAAGGAAUUGCUGCAAGAUGAAACUCGUCAAAAGAUGGCUCUGGGCUCGAGGGUGCGAGCGCUGGAGGAGGAGAAGAACGGACUGAUGGAAAGACUCGAGGAGGAGGAGGAGAGAGCCAAAGAGUUGACCCGACAGAUUCAGACUCAUACCCAGCAGUUGGCAGAGCUCCGUAAGCAGUCAGAGGAGGUGAACACUGCGGUGGAAGCGGGAGAGGAGACACGCAAGAAACUCCAGAGAGAGCUGGACAGCGCCAUCCAGAGGGAGCGACAGAAGGAGGAGGAGAAGGAAAGAGUGGAGAGGCAGAGGGAGCGACUGAGGGAGGAGAUAGAGGACAUGACGCUUGCCCUGCAGAGAGAGAGACAGAACUGCACGGCCUUGGAGAAAAGGCAGAAGAAGUUCGACCAGUGUCUGGCAGAGGAGAAGGCUGUGAGUGCUCGGCUGGCAGAGGAAAGGGACAGAGCAGAAGCAGACAGCCGAGAGAAGGAGACAAGAUAUCUGGCACUCUCCCGAGCCCUGCAGGAGGCCCAGGACCAGAGGGAAGAGCUAGAGAGGGCCAACAAGCAGCUCCGUCUGGAAAUGGAACAACUUGUAAACCAGCAGGAUGAUGUCGGCAAGAGCGUCCACGAGCUGGAGCGGACCCGCAGGAACUUAGAAACAGAAGCUCAGAACUUGCGAGUUCAGACGCAAGAGCUGGAGGAGGAGCUGUCGGAGGCGGAGAACUCAAGGCUGAGGUUGGAGGUCACCCUGCAGGCACUCAAGGCUCAGUUUGAGAGAGAGAUCAGCACCAGUGAGGAGAAGGGAGAGGAGAAGAGGAGGGCGCUCAGCAAACAGGUGAGAGAGUUGGAGAUCCAGCUGGAAGAGGAGAAGAGUCAGCGGUCACAGUCUGUGUCGUCCAAGAAGCAGCUGGAAGCAGAACUGCAAGAAGCCGAGGCCCAGGUGGAGAACGCCACCCGUGGAAAAGAGGAGGCUGUGAAGCAGCUACGGAGGUUGCAGGGUCAAAUGAAGGAAAUUCUGCGCGAGCUAGAUGAGGCCAAGCUGGCCCGAGAUGAGGUCAUCGCACAGUCGAAAGACAGCGAAAAGAAGAUCCAAACACUGGAAGCAGAAGUCCUGCAGUUCACAGAGGAGCUUUCUGUGUCGGAGAGGCAGAGGAGACAGGCUCAGCAGGAGAGAGACGAGAUGGCCGAUGAGAUGGUCAACAGCAGUGCUGGAAAGACGGCACUGUUUGAAGAGAAGAGGAGGUUAGAGGCGCGAGUCAGUCAGCUGGAAGAGGAGCUGGAGGAGGAGCAGAGUAACUCUGAACUGAUAGCAGAGAGACAAAGGAAGACUGCACUACAGGUGGAGACUCUGACUGUGCAGCUGCAGGGAGAGAGGACUCUGGCCCAGAAGGCAGAGGCAGCUCGAGAGCAGCUGGAAAGGCAGAACAAGGAGCUGAAGACAAGACUGGGGGAGAUGGAGGGAGCAGUUAGGGGCAAACACAGGCUCAGUGUCGCCGCCCUGGAGGCCAAGAUAGAGUCGAUGGAGGAGCAGCUGGAACAGGAGAGACAGGAACGAGCCAUUGCCAACAAACUAGUGCGGAAGACAGAGAAGAAACUGAAGGAGGUGAUGAUGCAGGCAGAAGACGAGAGACGACACGCAGACCAGUACAGAGAACAGCUGGAUAAGUCAAUGGUCCGCCUGAAGCAGCUGAAGAGGCAGCUGGAGGAGGUGGAGGAGGAGAACUCGCGCUCCAAUGCCCAGAGGAGGAAGCUGCAGAGGGAGCUGGAGGAGCUCACAGACAGCGGUCAGAGCAUGACGCGAGAGAUCACCACUCUCCGCAGCCAGCUCAGGCGUGCUCCGUUGCCCCUGGCGAUGCGUGGACGCAGAGCGCUGGUGGACGACCUCUCGUUGGAGAACUCUGACUCGGAGGAGCCCCCCGCCUCGCCAACGCCUUCAUCUGGACUCCCAGGGACCCCUACUCCCUCCUCUGAACACAGCAUGGACCCUCCACCGCCCUACAGCGUCAACAACACAGAGUGACGCACACAUAGACUCAGUUACAUACAUGAUGUACACACACAUACACACACACAUAUCUGCUCUCACAGCCUCGACUACUCAGGGGUGAAGGAGUGAGAGGCACACAGUACAUAACACUGUAGUUUAUCAAAGUAAACAAAGUCAUUUAGGAUGCAAACAUCAGGCGGUAUAACUCACCGAAAAUCUGAAGAAGUGUAAAAAUUAGAUUUUACAAAGAGUCAGCUAGAAUUGAUUUUUAUUUUGUAACAAACUGUGACAUAAAAAAACUACACAACAAAGACUGGAAAUUUCUACAUUACACCUCUGUAAUGCACUUCUGAGAAACUAGACUACAAUUCCCAGAGUUCCAAAGGGGAAAGUGAAUUAUUAUCAACUGAUUUCAUGAUGCUGUACAGUAAUUAGAGGGCAGGAAACAUUAUGGUGGUUAUGUCUUUUACAUUAGGAGGUAUUUAAAAACUAAGCCAUGUUUAAACCCUUUGAUGAAGAUAAAUACAAUCUGAUUUCACAAAGGGCUCCAGGAGGGUGGAAAUACUUCUGAAAGACAAUCUAUGUGUUACAUAAAGUAGUUAACAAGAGGCGUCAGACACACACGUGGAACAGAGAAUUCUUCUUUACGAGAGCGUGUUAAGUGCAAAUGUGAUUUCUGACAUUUUCAUGUGUCAAUAAAAAGAAUAAAAAAAUAAAAACAGGAUUGAGAAACUUUGAAUAAUCCAGCAAACAGAAAUUAGUGGAGGACAGACAAUAUGUCAGCAGUGGCGGACAUUGUGGGCGAAAAAGAGAAAUUGCGAUUAGUAACCAAUAUUUAAUUUAACUUAUAUUGGAAAUAGGUGAUCAGACACAUUACAAUAAGUUCUAUAACAUAUUUAUCUCAUUUUCAUAUAAUUUGUCUAAAAUUGUAAAGACGCAAACAACCGACCAUAAAAAGCAGCCUACGUGCGGUACAGCUGCAUUAAAGUUGUAUUAAGUGAUAAAUCCUUUCUCUGUAGAUUAGAAACAGUACGUUGUUAGACAAAGCAGUAGGUAUUAGGCAUUAGAUAGUUACCUUAACUAAAGUUUUAACAUAUUGCUUCAGAAAUUCGAAUUUGUAUAAUUUAUAUCCAAUGUGAACUUAAGUUAUUGAUCGCUGGUUAUUUUCUGUACGACUUGUUGGGGGGAAGCAUGUUAGCCUGACUAUUUCUGCUCCCAGCUGGCACCGAUGAUUCAGACUUUUCAGUUUCAGUCAGCGUCACAGCAUCGGGUCUCAGAGGUGUGAAUUUGCAUGGAAGACCUUUCUGGUGGUUUGAGUUUGAGUGUCUAUCACAUUAACAGCUAGAAACAACCCGUAGAGAACUGUAUUAAUUGAUUAUUUUAUCCAAAGUAGUGACAAUGGAUCUUUUCUUUCUCAUUUUAGACUGAUAAACACAACACAUUUUAUUUAGACAAGCAUCUUGUACAUUGUAAUUUUGAUUUUUACUGAGUAAUUGUGUAAAUUAUUGAUCAAACAAAGCUUUUUUUGUGUGUUUAACCAAAUGGUGGGCGUAUGGAUGAGAAAAAGGGACUUAAAAUUGUAGUAAACGUAGAGUAGCAGUAGAAUAGAGUAGAUGACAGGUGUCAAAGCUGGUUAGGUAUUCUACUAUCAUCCAGUGACUCUACUGGAGUUAUUGUUAGUAGAAUAAUCUCUCUCCUCACAGUUCCUGUGUCAGAGAUUGUAGAAUAACUGAGCAUGUGACUCAAACCAUUUUCAGAUACUAGUAGUAUUAGUUAAAAAAAUGACAAUGGAGGCACAGAGGAAUGAGUUUUUAUGAAGCAAAUGGCGAAUAGAACAAAAAGUAGUUUGUUUUUUUUACCCUAGCUAUGAACUCAAAAUGACGUGUGUGUGUCAACCACACACAAGUAGCUUGAUGACCCUGCUGUGAGACAGACAAUGUUAUUUUGUCAAACCUGCUUUUAAAGAUGUUUUUAUUUAGUUGAAACAUCUCCAUUUUCCUCAGCAUGUUUUAUUUAUUGUUAACUUGACCUUCUUCUGCACCUGUUUGCCUGUCAUAGCUUUAAGGCUGUCCAGGAAGUUAACGUGAGGUCUAGUUUUUGAGUUGAGAGUUAGAUGAGAAAAUCGGUACCACUUUGUCUGUACGAAGCUACAGCCAGUAGCUGGUUAACUUAACUUAGCAUAAGGACUGGAAACAGUUGGUUCGACACACAACUUCUGUAAGAAAAAAAACAUUUUCACACAUUGAUUAUUUUAUACGGAUUAAGAUAAAACAUGCCAACUGGUGAGUUUUGCUGGUAGAUGGGUUGUGUUAUUAGGGAGAGCCAGGCUAGCUGUUUCCCCCCGCUUCCAGUCUUUGUCCUAAGCUAAGCUAAAGAUCUUCUGGCUGUAGCUUCAUGUUUAUUUCACAGGAAAAUAAAAAAUGGUAUCGAUCUUCUCGUUUAACUCGCGACAAGAAAGCGAAUAAGUCUAUUUAUAAAAUGUAGAGCCUUUAAAUUUGAAAGAAUGUCACUUUAACUUGAAAUUGGAAGAAAAAGAUGGUUGAAAUGUUGUUUAUGGCUCUGAAUGUUUUCUUUUUAUUCUGGUUAUAUACUGUAUAUAUUAUAUGGCAAUGGAAUAAUGAUCAUGUUGGUGUUUACCGUUGAUUACGCGCAGGACCAGUUCAGUAGUUUUCGGUAAUCAGGGUUGUCAUUACCGCUCCCUUCUUCUUCCUUCAGUUUUAGAUGAAAAGGUGUAUAUUUUAAUGAAACAGCAAAGAUAACAUCUGCACUGACAGAGCAAGAACAAAAACCGUGUACAGUACUAACGUUCCAUCUUUAUCCAUAAUUGCAGACAGUUUUUUUUCCUGCCAGGUUUCACCAUGAUUCACAGUUAGAGAGAGGUGAAGAUCAAACCAGCUGGGUCGAGAAAGAGUUUGACUACUGACGACAUAUAUUCAACGCCCUAUUAAAGGGUUUUUAUUUUUUAUUUCCUGUAUGUACAAUUCUUUUCUUUUAGCAAUAUGCAAAGGAUUUUGUUUGACGCUUUGUUUUUUUUAAGAUAUUGUGUAAAACGCUGCACUUUACACAUGACCAGUGGAGAUAAACACAGCCGGACAUUGUCGGCACAUUACGUCUGCUUUGUCGGGUUUGUAACUUAUCUCGAAGAGGCCGACAUAGCAUUAAGCCAAAUGAGCUGACAUCACUCUGAACUGUUCACUUAAAUGUCGUAAUCUCAGAAUGUCGUAUCAACGUCUGAACGUGGCGACUUUGUUCGCGCCUUGAUAGACCAAAAUCUGAAGACACGUGGAUUGAACUGCUGGAACGAGAACAGAUGAGUUCUGUUCAUCUGUAGCAAAGAGACGAGGCUGGUGCUUCUCUAAGGUGUUAUUUUUCUCUCUGUGUUUGUUUAUGGCUACUGUGGAACUUGAAACAUUUUGGAUAAAUGUGUUUUAUUGUUUUAGCCUUUUUUUUGUUAAUGAUGCUGUAAUUAUAAAAACAUCUGACUGGGGUUAACUUUAAUAUAUGUCGUUGGUUUUGA